CCAUCCAGUCGUUGGACUGUCUUAAUGAUCAGAUUGUGCAGUUUAUCUUUUCACCUAAGGCAACAGAAUUUGAACUCGAUUCUUAUAAAUGUGAUGAUCCAGAAACAGCAGCCAGAUGUCAGCAACAACGCGAAACUCUCAAGUCGUCUAUGGCUCUCAUGCGGCGCCUUUUGGUGGACGCUCAGGCCAAAUUCCGUAAGAUGAUGGAAGAUAACAAGGCUCUGGCGUCGAGACUAGACGGUGACAUACAGAACGCUCACCAAGAAGUGUCCAUCCUUCGCGCAGAGCUGGCGGAUACCAACAAAAAGAUUGCCGAAAUAACCACCAGUGGAAACGCUGCCUCCAUCACGCAGGAAAAUAUGUUGACUACUUGUGGUCCUACUCCAAGAAAUACUGUGAUCUCAACCAACCAAUCUGAACUUAAUUCUAAUAUUCAGAACCCAGACGUUCCACUCUCGCCUAAUUCAAACUCUAACUUCCCCAACAAAUCGCCAGCAAAUGUUAGCGAAACGGCGGGUUUAAAACAGACUAGUCCAGUAUCUCUUGUGAAAGACAAGACCUCAAAUAUGCGUACUACAACGACUCCUAACGACGUCUCUUGUGAAAGAUGUAAAAGUAUUAAACAGAAGUUUCAUUUCUAUUACUUGGAAACCACAGAAUGUACAUACGAGGAUAUCAAUCAGUUUAAAGAACGACUCUGCCAACAAGAAGAAUUCAACUUUAAGCUCAGCCAACAGAACCGAUCUCUCCAAAGGGAGCUAGAAGAGUUGCGAGGCUAUAAAGAAAAUGCCCAUGCACAAGAAGACGAGUUUCGGCCUCAGAUUCAACGAUUAGAAACUGAACUUCAACACUCCAAGGAAGCUCUUUCAGCUCUAAAAGAAGACCGUAAGAGACUGAAGGCAGAGAAGUUUGACCUAUUGAAUCAAAUGAAACAGCUGUACGGGACCUUGGAAGACAAAGAGCAAGAAUUGAGGGAUUUUAUUCGCAACUACGAACAGAGAAUGAAAGAAAGUGAUGAAAGUUUAAAACAGCUGGUACGCACGAGGGAAGAAAGUGAACGAGAAAAGUGGAAUAUCUUAAAGCAUGCCCGAGAUGAAGCUGAACGCUCAGUUGCUCUGUGUGCACAGAUAGGCUUAAAGGAUGCCCAAAUUAGGCAGCUUCAGGAAGAGCUGAAAUCAUUGCGAGAUAGAAUGGGCUACGCUUCAGAUGCUGAGAGUACCAGACAUUUUCGUACUAAUGGUUACCACAGCCCGAGCAUGGCUUCCACUGUCCAGACCCUAAGUGAACGGGACAGUUGUAAUACUCCUACACUAACUCCAGCAUCCGACCCGACAUUAUCGUUAUUUGGUGGGACUCCAGCAAUAACAGUGGAUGAUGAGGACCCAAAUUCUCUUUAUUGCUCCACUGCUUCUGCCAGGGGUAUACAGCGACCGUGUCUUUCUGGGUUGUCUCGCUCAGCCGAGGAAAUAUAUGUCAACAGCAGUGGGAUCUCUGACGUUAGCACUGGCAAGAAAAGCCGGAAGAGGAAGGAUGUAAAAGGAACGUGGGGCUCAAUAUCUCGUAUUUUUUCUAGAGGGCGUCACCGUAAAGGGGUAGAUCCCAGCCUGUUUGAUGGUGGCAGUGCGGGUCAGAGGUCAUCAUGGUCGCCACAAAGUAGUCUUUGUGUUAGUCCAUUGACAGAGGACAGCUACAAUGAGAAACUAAAGUUGUUGGAGGAAGCCCAAGAAACUCCCAUGGAAAAAUGGAAAGCUGCAACUGUACUUUCCUGGUUAGAGAUAUCUCUUGGAAUGCCACAGUAUGGUGCUAAAUGUGCUGAAAAUGUCAAGAGUGGCAAG